AUGGAGUCCUCCAAAACUCAGGAUGUGAUUACUCCUAGUCUGUUCAAAGAAGAAGAGCCCUCAAGUCCUCAUCAUGAUCCGGCAAUGCCGAUGGCAAAGAUCGUUGCAAAUGCAAAGGCAGCUGCUCAAAAGGAGCAGAAGAUGACCCUGUUGCAGGGGUUCAAACUCUAUCCUAAAGCCAUUGUAUGGAGUAUUAUCAUCUCUACCACCAUUGUCAUGGAAGGUUAUGAUAUCUCUCUGGUCAACAACUUUUACGCCUUUGAGCAGUUCAAUCGCAAGUACGGCGAGUUGGGAGCGAACGGAGAGUAUCAGGUUCCUGCACGGUGGCAAUCCGGUUUGAGUAACGGUGCUUAUGUUGGCGAAAUUAUCGGCCUAUUGCUCAAUGGUUGGGCUUCUGAAAAAUUUGGAUAUCGGUACACUGUCAUGGCCUGUCUUAUCCUAAUUACGGCCUGGACAGCAAUAUUCUUCACAGCUCCUAAUGUCCAAGCCCUAUUGGCCGCCGAAAUCCUCGCCGGUAUCCCCUGGGGAGUCUUCCAAACGCUAUGUGUCACCUACGCCUCCGAAGUCUGCCCGGUUGCGUUGCGGAAUUACCUUACAACCUACGUCAAUUUCUGUUGGGGUGUGGGACAACUCAUCGGUGUCGGCGUGAUUCGGGCCAUGAUCGGUCGACAAGACGAAUGGGCUUAUCGGAUCCCGUACGGACUUCAAUGGAUGUGGCCGAUUCCACUCUUCAUUGGGAUCUGGUUAGCACCGGAAUCGCCAUGGUGGCUAGUUCGAAAGGGCAAAACACAGGAGGCCAAAAAGUCCCUGCAGCGUCUGACGAGCCCCGAGCGGGAUACCGAGUUCAAUGCGGACGACACAAUUGCCAUGAUGGUCCACACCACCGCUCUGGAACAGAAGAUUACCUCCGGCGCUAGCUAUCUAGAUUGCUUUAGGGGUGUGGAUCUGCGGCGCACGGAAAUUGUCUGCAUGGUAUGGGCUAUCCAGAACCUCAGCGGCAACUCUUUUUCCAACUACUCGACCUAUUUCCUUCAACAAGCGGGACUCGGUGACGAGCAGGCGUACUCUUUUGCAAUGGGCCAAUAUGGUAUCAACAUGGCCGGUGUCUUCGGAGCAUGGUUUCUCAUGUCGUGGGGUAUUGGUCGCCGAAAACUCUAUCUUUACGGCCUAUGUGGUCUCUGCGUGAUGCUGUUGGUUAUGGGAUUCCUUGGUCUUGUUCCAGAGGAACAUCGGACACAAUCAUCCCUUGCAACCGGGUCGAUGAUGCUGAUCUGGGCGUUGUUUUACCAAUUAACCGUUGGGACUGUGGCCUAUUCCCUUGUCGCGGAGAUUUCGACUCGUCGUCUACAGAUCAAGACCGUCGUUCUCGGUCGUAUCUUGUACAACAUAGUUGCUAUUGUCUGCGGUGUCAUGACGCCGUAUAUGGUGAACCCCACAGCCUGGGACUGGGGCAACUUUGCUGGUCUCUUCUGGGGAGGGAUUUGCUUUCUCUGCAUCAUUUAUACAUAUUUCCGCGUACCCGAGCCCGCGGGUCGUACAUUCGCCGAGCUGGACGUUCUUUUUGAGCGCAAAGUUAGUGCCCGCAAGUUCGCUAGCACUCAGGUCGAUGUUUUCGAUGAAACUUUUGAGGGCAGAGUGGUCGAGAACUACCAAAGCCAGAAGGAGCACCCAGGUGAUCCAGAGAGACAAGCCGCCAGCGUAUUCUGA